CGGACAUAUCCGGCUUCGCAGCAGAGGGAAGUUCACUGUUGUCACUUUACAAAGGAGAACGUUUUCUGAUAGUGAAUUUGAACACAACAUACAGUAGGGUUCGAUGAGAGACAAGGAAGAGAUGGAGAGAGAGGAGAGAGAUGGUGUUUCGGUCUAAGACGGCCCAGCACUUCCGUCCUUGCUACCCUGCUCUGCAACAGGCUGCCCCAGCCCCAAUAGCACCAUGUCCCAGGCCCAGACGGGAUCCAUGGCUGGCCUAACGCCCCAGGAGGUAGCCUUCUGGUUAGGAAAGGCAGUGGAGUGGGGCCAGACUGAGAGCCCAGACACCCAGAGAGACACCUGCCUCCACCUGGGCCCUCUCAGGGCCUUCCUCCAGCUCCUCCUCACACACAUACACACACGGAGCUCCACCACAGAGACCAUGAGGACUAUUCCCUUCGUAGGCCAGUUCCUCGGCCGCCUCUGCUGGAACCCCUAUGUCACUGCGGAUGCUGAGAGCCGCUCGCUCCUGCUCCAGAGUCUGUGGAGUCUAUAUUCCGAGGAACCUCACAACGCUGUCGAGAGGAAGGCCAACCAGUGGAUACGGAAUUUGUUAUGUCAGCUUGCUACAGAAGAAGAGGACAGUACAACACAUAUGUUAGUGAAACAUAUGGGCCUGCCACCAAAGGAAUACAAUGUAAAGGUUCUAAGAAAGAUGGUGUGGUUGCUAGUGGAGGAGGUUGGGGAGAGCUGCAGCAGUUUGGCUGACCCUAACCCGAGGUGUUCGUGUGACAGCGUUCUUGCUGCAUCAGUGGCAUGUGUCCCCCUGGUCACAUGUCUUGAGACUGCUCCUCUCAUUGGUGCGUUGCUGCAGCGGCCGGUGACCUGCGAUAAGGCAGCCCUCAGCCAGGACUUCCUGGAUGCUGUAAGCUCCGCCUACUCCAGAAAGUGUGUGUCUCUGGAGGCCCAGGCAGUGGUGUCUCUGUGGUGCCAUAACCUGGCCAGCCUAGAGGGGGCAGUGAUGUCUCUACUGGACUCUGUGCUCUCCAACCCAGCCUCCAUACCGCACAACCUAGAGAACACCAUCACUCACUCACUACUGCCUAAAGCCUGCUCCCAGCACAGCUCCAUAUUCUUAAUAGUGAACGACAUCUUCAGGUCCAUGCUGGUGCAGGUGGAGGGGAACCAGACUCUGCUCUCUCUUAUCCACACCUUCACCCUCUGCUUCCUCAGGGAACUGGCAGCCCUGCAGCCUCAGGAGUGUGUGUCCUUGAAGGCCUUCUUCCCACACACACCCCAGAGCUUACUGGCCCCUCUGCUGACCCAUCCUUCAGAAAUGGCCCAGGAGGCGUGGCCAGAACACCUGGCCUGGAUCACUGCAUCACUACAGAGACUCACUGAGGAAGAAGAGGAAGGCAACAGGGGUCAGUGUGGAGUGUUUGAGGCCUGGUUCCUGCUGGUGCAGUGUGCUGACUGGUUGGAGGUGGCCAGCCAGCAACUGGUCUCAGCCAGACCCCAGGACUGUGGCCCCCUGCUGUGGCUCCUCACCUUCUAUCACCACCCUACCAACAGGGGGCACCACCGGACACAGCAGCUGGUGGCGGCAAGAGAAGUCUGGGAUCACCUGAGGUCACUCUUCCUGCUCUCGGCUCCUCCCCUUCCUGCUGACCGACUGCAGUCAUUGGCCGGGCUGAUGUCAGCCGUCCCCCAGCAGCCGUCCCUGGACUCGCUAUUGGUUGUCAGCCUCCUGGUCAACUUUGCAGUUUUCUCCCUCAACCCCCUGAGUGGUGCCAGGGAGAUAGUCCGCAUGGUGGUGCAGCAGUCAGGGCUGGUCCGUGAGGCAGUGUGUGUUCUCGACAUGGUUGAGCUCCGACUAAACAGAGAGAGAGCCUCCUCCAGCCUCACUGACAGAGUUAAGCUCAGGACCAGGGCUCUUCGGGGCACACUCACACACAUGGUACGACACGACACAGACACACAGCCACUAUGGCAGCGAUGGGAUACACACACAGCCGUGCCAGGCUGUUCCACCAACCAGACGCUAUGACACUGAUACGCACAAACAGACGCUACAGAUACGACAGUGGGAGGACAUACAGUCACAACUAGACACCCACACGUAUCAGGACACACGCUUAGCUGUGCAAGAGCAACAGGUCAUAAAACGUGCCCUAACCCUUCCACUCAGAACACAUUCCUCUCAUUACACACACAUGGGGAAACAUCCGUUGAUUUGAAGAAGGGAAAUGACAUGCAACAACACCUGAUAUGGACACAAUGUUUUUCUCUACAGAAUGUCUCUACACCAACUAUACUGCAUUGUAUGGUACAAACCUAUACUAAAGAAAUGUGACGUCAACCCUUCAAGUCUCAUUAUGAAUAUGGAAAUAUUUCUAAUUUGUUAAUACAAUCAGAGUAAUGGUCUAUAACCUGAUCUGAGUCAUGUUUUUUUGAUUCUGUAUAUUAGCAGACUCACAUGUAGGACAAAACAAUAAAAUCAUAUGUACAGUACCAGUCAAAGGUUUGGACACA